GUUUUAUCCCCCGAGGAGCAGGCUCUGGCUGCAAAGAACGACUACAACUUUGACCACCCGGGAGCAUUUGACUUUGAGCUGCUGGUUUCCACCCUGAGAAAACUGAAGCAGGGCAAGAGUGUGAAGAUCCCGGUGUAUGAUUUCACCACACACAUGAGACAUAAAGACUGGAAAAAUGUGUACGGUGCCAGUGUGAUCAUUUUUGAAGGAAUUAUGUCCUUUGCAGACAAAGAGCUUCUUCAGCUCCUGGAUAUGAAAAUCUUUGUGGACGCAGACUCAGACAUUCGGCUCGUCCGCCGGCUCCGCAGAGACAUCACAGUGCGUGGACGGGACAUUGAAGGCGUAAUCAAGCAAUACAACAAGUUUGUGAAACCAGCCUUUGAGCAGUACAUCGAACCAACCAUGAGGCUGGCAGAUAUUGUUGUACCAAGAGGUGGUGGGAAUAUGGUGGCCAUUGAUCUGAUUGUCCAGCAUGUUCACAGCCAGCUGGAGGAGCGUGAACUCAGUGUCAGGGCACUCCUGGCCUCUGCCCAGCAGACGCAGCCGUUGCCCCAGACGCUCAGUGUCCUCGAGAGUACGCCGCAGGUCAGGGGCCUGCACACCAUCAUCAGGAACAAAGAAACCAGCCGAGACGAGUUUAUCUUCUACUCAAAGAGGUUAAUGCGGCUUCUCAUAGAGCAUGCUCUAACAUUUCUACCAUCUCAGCCGUGUUCAGUUCAGACCCCACAGGGCCAUGAUUACGAGGGCUGCAGUUACAACGGUAAAGGGAUCACCGGUGUGUCGAUCCUGCGUGCAGGAGAGACCAUGGAGCCCGCCCUGAGGGCCGUGUGCAAGGACGUCCGCAUCGGCAAGAUCCUCAUCCAGACCAACCUCGACUCAGGCGAGCCAGAGCUGCAUUACCUGCGUCUGCCCAAAGACAUCAGUGAAGAUCAUGUCAUCCUAAUGGACAGCACAGUCUCCACCGGCGCUGCUGCCAUGAUGGCAGUUCGAGUCCUAUUGGAUCAUGAGGUGCAGGAGAAUAAGAUCAUGUUGGUGUCGCUGCUGAUGGCAGAGCUCGGGGUGCACUCUGUGGCCUAUGCCUUCCCAAAGGUCAAAAUCAUCACCACUGCUGUGGACAAGGGCCUGGAUGAUUUUUUACAUGUAAUUCCUGGUAUCGUUAGGGACAGCAGUGCCGAAUGUGGACAUAUUGGAGAUCCCACCAUUCAGCUUAGCCAAAAUCAGGAGUGUCUCGGUUCAGCUUUGCCGAGGACCAAACGCUUGACUACG